AAACAUAUUCAUGACUAUAUUUUUGUCUCUAAUUUAUUCAAAUUUUUUUAGGUUACACCAUUAUUUUUACUUCCAGGAAGGCCAUGCCAAAGGCAAAGGAAAAAAGAGUAAAAACACCGGGGCAACAGGUAGAAAAAGGAAAAACCUUGACGGCGAAACUGAUCCAGAAUCAAUGAACAGAAAGUUUAAGUACCAACAUCUUAAGAAUCAUCCAGAUAAACUGUUGACCACCCUCACAAAAAAUCAUACUUUCAUCAAAGAAUGUAUGAUUAGAAUGCAAAAGACAGAACCAGCAGGCUGAUGAUUCCUGGGAAGUGAAGAGCAGACCUUAUAUUCGAUGGCGUUUCAGUAACUUUAUCCCCUGUAUGUCAUAGCUCAAUCUUCAUAUCUAAUCCCUCCUUUUGUCAUUCCAGAUGCCCAGACCGGAACACAGCCACCGCCUUGGGUGCAAGACCUCGGUUUAUUGCAAAGAGUGCGGAAGAUAUUUUAAUCAUCUGGGUCUGUUACAACACCACAUGGCAAAGAGACACCCAAAGCGACACAACCCUGAGGGAAACCGUUGCAAGAAGGAUGGCUGUGGAAAUUUUUUUCAUUCAUGUUUGUCAAUAAUUGCUAAAGGCUUAGUAAGCCCAUUUGAUAUCCAUAAAUACACCAUGAAUUAUGUUAUAUCAUCAUAUGAUCCAUGUUAUCAAGACUGAUGAUGAAAUAAUUACAAUCAUAUGUCAACACCAACUUGUAAAGCCUCCAAAUAUUAACUUUAUAGCUGCCAUCAUCUACUGAUCAUGUACAAGUGUUUCUGGACUUAGGCACUACUGUAUUCCUGUGCAGCUUCAAUUGAGAACAGGCUGGCAAGAUCUUACAGCACAAGAUGGAGACCUCAAUGGCAAACUACAAGCUAUAGCCAUGUAUUUAGAGAUGGACAAUGUGCUACCAGAUUGACAAUUCUAAUG